UCAGGCAAAUGACGGAACCACUCUUGUCGCAUUUACUUGAUAUUUCCGUGCUAAUCCACAAGAUCCCUGCAAACACAAACAAAAGGCGAUAGACAGUGAUUACGCCAGCCACACAAAUAAGCGAAAUGCACCUGGUGGGAAAGCCUCAUUUGAGAGAAACAUUUGGGGUCCUUUUACUUCACGUGCGCACGGUGGUGGGAAGCAAGCAUGCCCAAGUCAAAGAGGGACAAGAAAAUUUCUUUAACCAAAACAGCCAAGAAGGGGCUCGAGUCCAAACAGAAACUAAUAGAGGAGUUACGAAAAUGUGUCGACACCUACAAAUAUUUGUUCAUCUUCUCUGUGGCUAACAUGAGGAAUAACAAACUGAAAGACAUCAGGACAGCCUGGAAACACAGCAGAUUCUUCUUUGGAAAAAACAAAGUCAUGAUCGUAGCCAUAGGGAGAGGAGAAACGGACGAAUACAGGGACAACUUAUGUCAGGUCAGCAAGCAUCUCCGAGGGGAAGUGGGAGUGCUUUUUACCAAUAAAACCAAAGAGGAGGUACAAGAGUAUUUCGGCCAUUACAGCGAGAUGGAUUACGCGCGGUCAGGAAAUGUGGCUCAGAUGGACGUGACUCUGGAUGAGGGUCCUUUGGAGCAGUUCCCCCACUCCAUGGAGCCUCAGCUGAGGCAGCUCGGCCUCCCCACUACGCUCAAGAAGGGUGUUGUGACACUACUAAGGGACCACACGGUCUGCAAACGCGGCGAUGUCCUCACCCCAGAACAGGCUCGAAUUCUGAAACUACUGGGUAUCGAGAUGGCAGAGUUCAAAGUGAAGAUCAAAUGCAUGUGGAGCUCCGAAACAGGCGCAUUUGAAAUCUUGGAGGGGGAGGAAGAGCCCAUGCAGGACAACCAAGAAAAUGAACAAGAGGAGGAGGAGGAGGAGGAUGGUUGAGAAUCAUGAUUGUGCAGGUUUUUUUGUUUCAUCACCUUGUUUUUAUUCUCAAAUGUCACAUAACGUUUUUGAAGUCAUUUUGAAGGUCUUUAUAGUCAUCCCAUAUUGUCCAACUUGACUUUUUAGAUAUGGACUGAAAUGUUGCUCAUAUGUAUUUGUUACUUUGGAGAACGGGUUAGUAUUAUUUUCACGUAAACCUCUGAUGAAAUAUGAAAAUGGAGCAUCUAUUUUAAAAAACUAAACUUUGUGUGCUGUACAAUUCA